AGAGCUUGAGGUCAGACUGUCAGGGCGAACGAAAAAACUUUACUUGACGAAUAAUAUCGCACAGUCCAAUUACAAUUCGCGAGUGUGUUCCUAAUUCCAACAAAAUAAAAGUCAAUACUAAAUAUUUUGUAACAUAAAUCCCAUUACUAAGUCUUCUAUAAUGUAAUAAUCGUUUGUAGUGAGUAGUGGCAUAUAGUAAGAGAAUAUUCGCAUCAAUAAAGUAUAAAAAAAUUCAAGUGAUUUGUGCAAAAAAACUUUUCUCGAGUCCUCAGUAAAGAUGGACUGCACAGGUCGGGCUUGGAUUUACGAGUGACAAUUUGAUUACUUACACUCAUAGCGUCUACUGAAUGGUUAAUUAUCACUAAUUUCAGCACCUGCAAUUCACAAAGAUGGCUGCCAAUGCACUUGAGGAGAAAAUAAAUAAAAUUAAACAACAAAAUGAACAGAUAAGAAAGAGAUAUAAAGAAGUUGAAGCUGACAAGAAAAAUGCAGCAAAGCUGAAUGCAUUAGUUCAGCUAGUUCCAUCAGAUGAUUGGCCUGAGAGAAGAGAGCCACCUGAAUUUUCAGCUCCACCAAAAACUGUUCAAAAACAAAAGUCAGUAACAAAAGAUAGGGAAAAUGAAAGGUCUACCCAAUACUAUACAGGAAUUCAAGAAAGGCUUGCCAAAAAGGAGCAUAAAUUUGCACAGGGAGAAGGGCCUCCACCAGAUCCAAAAUAUAACUUUUUAGCAGACAGUGAAAGAGAAACACGUACAGUUGAAAACAGGACAGAUGAGGACAAAAACAAAUCAAGAAAUAGGGCUUCUCGAGGAGGAGCUGGUCCUAGAAGAAGAGGUGGCAAUAAUGCAGUAGGUGGAGGAUCAAGAGAUGCUUUUUUCAAAGAUAAUCAGGGUCUGCAAGCUUUCCAUAAUAGAGAAGAGUCUCUACCAGAAUAUAAGGCUUGGAGAGCUGAGCGUAACAGAAUUGAUGAAGCUCGAAUCAAUAGGCAAAAGACAGCUGAAGGUAAUUGGCGAAGAGAGUGGGAUUGUAACAAGGUAAGUCUUGAGAAAGAUCAACCAAAAAGAGAUUAUACUCAUAAAGAUUUAUUUGACAGAAGGAAUAAUCGUUAUGACAAUGAUUACUCCACUCGCGGACACGGAGGAAGUAGAACUUAUCAUCAGUCACAAAAAAAUUACAGUCAAGAUUAUCGUCAUCCUUAUCAUGAGCAGCUUCAUGAGUUUAAGAAACAACAGUCAGACUGUAAGACACCACUUUCACCUGUUGACAAUAGAACUGUAGCAGCUUUUGACCAAAGCAUUAAAGUUACAGUGAACCAAGGAAGCCAAGCAAAUAAGUCCACAGUGAUGAGCGUUAAAGUGAAUUCACCAAGCAUCGCUGGGACUGGACGAGUUGGUCCACGGCAAAAAAGUCGAAUUACCUACAGCAGUCAGUCAGAUUCUAAUACUAUGGCUUCCGAAUCAAAUUCAUUUAUGAAGCAAAAAUCUUUCGAUGAAAAAGCGGCAACUGCGAAUUUUAAUAACGGACCUAAAUUAGCUCCAAAAAGUCCUUUUGCACAGAGGAAAAAAGAAGGUAACCUAAAAUCUUCUCAUUUUUUUAAAAAGGAAUUCAGAAAUGACCUAUCUCCUCGUCCUAAAAGUCAAUCGCAGGCCUUACUUUCUCAAAGAAAUGAAUCAAGAGAUCAACGACAAUCUAAUAAUUUCUUUUCAAAGUCCCAACGAAUUCAAAAGCGAAAAUUUGAAUCUAUUAAAACAGGUAAUGUUUCUGUUGUCGAAGAUUUCAUGCCUGUUGAAAAUGAUAUCAAUAAACCAAUAGAUAAUCAAUUUCAUAUUCAAAACAACGACAUCAUAGAGCGUGAAACUAAUAAUAUUGAUUUUCUGAUAAUACAAGAUACAACUAAUAAUACAAGAUUUUCUGACCUGUUAAACAAUUUCAGUCAUUCGGUUGCUGAUGAUAAUGAAAUUAAAGUCAGAAUUGAAGAAAAAGCUGUUGAAGAAAGUAAUAAAAAUAAUGAAAAUGACAAUAAUAUAAAAACUUAUCAAAAAUCGGAAUCAACACAAAAAAGUGAGAUCUUUGAUGUGUAUCUAGUUGAUAGAAGUAUUGAAAAAAUAGUUAAUUCUUCUUCUGACUUUGUUAAUAGAUCUAUUGCAGAUCACCAAGAAAUUGUCACAACUUCUUAUGAAUCAUCUUCAACAGCUGAUUCUAAAUCAGAUAUACUAGGUGCAGUUGAAGUAAAAUCAAACUUAAAUACAACAAAAGAAAUUUUGGAAACGACAGUUGAUAUGAAUAAUAAAAAAGAAGAUAUUGAUUUGAAACCAGAGGAGGAAAAAAAUGUAAUGUUAGAGCAAAGUGAAAAGAAAAUUACAUUUAAACAAAAUGAAACAGAUGACGCUACAAAUGAAGAAUCUCAACAAUCAAACUCUGCUGAGUUGAAAGUUGAUAAUUCAAAAGUCGAAGAUAAUUCAGUAAUUGAUUUAGUUGAACCAGAAGAAAAUGCCCAAAUACACGAUUCAAUUCCUAAAGAUAGCGAUGAUAGUGGUUUCCUUGAUAAUGCUGAAAUCGAUUUCUUCAAUAAAACAAGUAUAUCUGAAAUAAAUGAUUCUGCAUUACUGAGUGACUGCAAUGUUAUUGAAGAUUUAGAUGGUUCGUUUAAAAAAUCAGUUGUUGAGACUGAGAAAGACAAAAUUUUCCAAGAACCAACAAAAUCUGACUUUGUAAGUAUAAUUAAAUGCGAUUGUAAAGAAACUGUUGAUAUUUGUGAUAACGUUAGUGUCGCAUCAAGUGACAUACAAGUAAUCGAAAGCAAGGAAAAGUCGAAUGAGAUUUCAGCGAUUUCUAUCACAGAUAAUAACGAUAAAGUUAUAGAAAAUGAUCAAGAAAAUUUAGAAGCUUCUAGAAUGAUUAACAUGAAAGAAGAAAAUAUCAAUACUAUGGAAAAGAAAGCAGAACAAUUAUCAGAAGAAUCUACUGAACUUAAAUCUGAAGAAUCAAAAAACGUGUAAUCGCGAUAUAAAUGCACUAAAAAAAAUAUUCUUUGAAAUGCCGCUUUAAUUCAAAAAACUGAAAUUUUUAAAGUUGAGUAAGAAGUUGAUGGUUCUUAUAAUUACGAAAAGAAAAUCUAUUUUUAUUGUCUAGGAAUAAGGUAUUUAAAACUAACAUUUUCAAAUUUGUGCAGUUACUUAACAUAACUUCGAUAACAAAUUAUAUUUUUAAUCAAAUAAUACAUAAUAAUAAAAAAAUGAGUUAAUAAUAAAAUAGAUUUUUCAAUAAAUUAUUAAAGCGAACAUAUACAAGAAGUUCUGAUUUUUCAAAACAUCGGAUGUGUAUAAAUGCAAUAAAGAUAUAUACUACUUCAUGUGAAAUUAGUAACCAUCUAAAAGUUAAAAGGUUCGUCAGUAUUUUCAGAUUCUUACGAACUCUUACUCAGAUUCUUAUAACGCGAAAUGAGAUAGGCGAAUUAGAGCAUAAAAAUGUUAACUGAAUAAGUGUUUACAAAAUAGUGAUAAUCUAGCUAAAGAAAUUGUGAUAAAAUAAAAAAAAAGAAAAAUUAGCGCUAUAUUACUAUUAAGAAAUCAUUAUCAAGUAGAUUAAUAAAAUCACUUUUUCUGUUGUAGAUUGAUUCUGUGAGGCUGGUUUAUCUAUAUUUAGUGUAUAAAGCCAUAAUUCUAUUUUCUAAUGCUUUAUUAUUUUACUUACAAGUAAAAUUUUUUAUAUAAAUUUUACGCAGCUUUAUAUGAAUAAAAUUACUAACAAUCGUUUGUCUUUCUAAUUUUGUUUUUCUGUUAUAACAAUUUUAUUUUUGACUGACAUAAUAUUAUCUAUCUAUCACUUUUUGUGUGAAAUUAUUUGUAAGAUUAUAUGUAUUCAGCAAAUAAUGAUUUUGUUAGUUAACUGUAAGUUUAUCAAUGCCUUAAGCACAAAAGGUAGCGUACGCAAAAAGUAAUUCGCUCAUAUAUUUAGAUUACCUUCCAAGAAUUAAUACGUAAAAUGAUUUUUUUACAUAGUAAUCUGUUGUAUUUUUGAAUACUUUGUUCAGCCAAUUAUUUACUUUUUUUUAAUGUUCAGAGUUUUAUUUCAUCGUGGAAUUCAUUUAUUUCAACGAAUUUUCUUUGAAUUGUACAAUUCAUAUAAUUCAUGUUUUAUGCUUCCGAAAUACGAGGUGAAAGGAUGUAUUCAGGAUUAUUUAAUAAAAUAGUCAAAAUCGAAUAAUCUUUAGAAUAAGUUGUUUAAUUCCUUAUUUGUGCUCAUAUUUAAUGUUGUUUAGUCAAUACAUUGCACAUUAAUUUUUUAUAUAAAUUGCAAAUGAGAAUGAAUAUUAAAAUGAAGUGUUAUGAGCUUCUGUCAUUAGGUUGGAUUCACAAUGUAUAAAGUGGACUAUAAAAUAGAUGUACGCAUGAUUGUUAUUUUUCGUGACGAAAAAAUAUCGUAUAUUAUUAUAUUAUUGUUUUUGACAACGAAAAAUUAAUAACCCAAUUACCUAUCAAGUUUUAAAUUAAAGAAGAAAAAUUAUACAUCCAUUGUUAAUUUAAAAGCUGUUAAAGCAAUUUUUUUACACAAGCAUCAUGUAAUUUUUUUUGUAUUCAUCACACGCGGUCAUGAUAUGUUCAUAUAAUAAUAUAAGCAGAAUAUAACAAAAUUGAUAGGCGCAGAUCUUACAAUAAACAAAAACAGCUUAUUGUGAAAAUAGUAUACUACUUUAUUUAAAUCAUUAUUUACGAAAAAUAUUUCUAAUAUCCCAAUAUUAAUUUUCAUAACGUAUAUUUAAAACUAAUAACAUGUUCCAAUUUUGUCAAGAGACUUGAAUUAUGUGCACGAAUAAAUUUCAAAUGUAUAGCAAACACGAAUUAUACAUUUACAUAAAUAUAAUAUCCGAAUUUGUUAGUACAGUGAUUGGUGAUAUGUUGCCCAAAGGACGAUCCACAGUUUUCCCAGAUUUAACCUCUCUGAAAUUGUUAAUAAAACUGU